AUGCUGGUAACCGAUCAAAUACCUCAUAAGAUGUUAUCAGAAAAUAAUUUAUUGCAUUUAAUUGAAAAAUAUGUACAAGACGGUGAUGAGAUGAUUUCGUCGCAAAUAUCGGAUGAACUGGUCAGAAAACAGAUAACUUUACUUGAUUUUAUUCUUAGCACGGGCGAAUAUCUUAAAAGUGCCGAAUUAUCUAAACGUUCCGUUGCAUUUGUUUUAAUAUCGAAUGUAUUAGCAAAACUGCCAGACACAUUUUUGACAUCGAUCGAAAUACAUCAUUUGGUUCAAUUUGUUUCUGCAAAAUUAUUCGACCAUCAUAUAUUAGCACGACCAUCAGUUGAAUUAUACAAUACAUUGUCAAAGCAAGUCGCUAUCAAUGAUGAAGAUUGUUUAGUAAUGAUCAAGUCAAUUUAUGCUGAUGUCUAUGUUCAAUCAUUUCCACAAACGAAUCGUUACACUGUUUAUGUUAUAUUAUUUAGAUUUCUUGUAGAAAAAUUAAACGCUAUUCGUCAACAUGGAAGUGAUUUUGUAUGUAAUUUCAUUCAAUCGAUGGAUGGUGAACGUGAUCCAAGAAAUUUGGUGAUUUGUUUUCAAUGUUUACAGUAUAUAACAAAAUAUUUAGAUAUAGAGCCGUACAAAGAAGAAUUAUUUGAUGUUGUCUCAUGUUAUUUUCCGAUCGAUUUUAAACCGCGUUCGGCAAACGAUAACGAUCAAAGUGUUACACAAGAACAAUUGAUUUUAUCGCUAAGAACUGUUUUAACUUCUACAAACAAAUUUGCUCAAUAUUGUAUACCAAUGUUAAUCGAAAAACUUGACGCUGAUAUUCAAAGUGCUAGAAUAGCUGCUAUGAACGUGUUUAUUCACUGCGUUGAUACGUAUGAGGCAAAAGAUAUUGAACAACAUUUAGUUACAUUAUGGAAUUUGUUCACUAAACAGGCAUUAUGUGCUGAAACUCAAUCGAUUGAAAGUUAUGCAUUACGUUCAGUUACCGCACUGGUAGAAUUAAUCAGUAAAUCGAUUCAAAAUGAUGAAACAAAUGUAUCAACAACAAAAUUUACUGAACGAGCUAUUCGAGAAUUGGAACAUUAUCUAAAAGAACCAGAUUUAAAAUUGAUAUGGCCAGCAACAAAAAUUCUUCAGUGUGUUGCACGUUCAAACUCAAAUUCAUCUACUCUCAUAUUGAAUCAUGUUUUACCCGUUCUAAUUCAACAGUUUAAUGCAAAUAAAUCGGUAUCUUUGGAUUGUUUGGUGUUUUUUUUGUCUGAUCCUCCUGUGAUUACUCAAACUACAACUGAGCAAUUGUGGAAUUUAUUAUUGAACAAUUUUGAUGAUGUAAUAAAUAAUUGUUUAUCAUUAAGUGCAUCACUUUUGAAAAUUGGUGACAACAUUAAAAUAAAUGAAGCACUUGCUGCAAAGCUGAUUCCUAUUAUCAUUAAUGGUAUAAUACGAGAUGAGUUAAAAACAAAUAUGUUUAGUCUUUUAAAAACUAUUGCAUUAUUACCGUCAACUAAUGAUUUAUGCACAACAUUGUUAUCAUCAAUCUUAGAUUAUUGGACAAAUAAUUCUCAGAACGAAAAGACAUAUACAACAAUAUUUAGUCUCUUACCAAUUUUGUUUGAUGAUUUAUCUCCAAAAUGUAUAGAUGAUGUAGAUAAACUUUGCCAGUCAACAAUACUAAAUGAGACCAAUUGGCAGACACUAAAAUCAACAUCAUCUUUCGUUGAAUUUAUACCGAUCAUGUAUUUUCUGAGCCAUCUGAAACGAAAAUAUUACGCAAAACAAUUCGGUGAUAUCUAUACAAAAAUUAGUAAAAAUUUAGUUGAAUUUUCCUUAAUCGAUAAUGUUUCUGCUGACAAUCAAGACGUAUUUCGGUUAUUUUAUGGUAACCUUAUUAAUAAACUUUCCUUAAACGAAUACGUGAUGGAACAGUCAAAUGAGCUUUUAGCCGAAUGUGAACAACAUAUUAAUCAAAAUUCGCCAUCUCAUCUGAAAUUGUGGACAAUCGUAGUGAAAGCAUUAACAAUUAGUAGACCAUUUAAGAUAAAACAAUACAUUGAGAAGCUUGUUGAAUGGAUUAAUAAAAUUGAAUUCGUUGAUGAUUUAGCUUGUCAAUCAUUAAAAAUAUUAACAACGAUUGAAGAUGAAUCAUUUUUAUCAAUAAAUGCUGAUUCCAUUAUUCAUCCAUUAGUCAAACAAAUAGUAUUUGUUCAUAUUGUUUCAUAUUUGAAACCAUUGCUAGAAAAUAAUGAUAUAAAAGCAGGACAAAUGAAUGUUUUGAUUGAUUUAUUAAACAAUGUUCCAAAAGCAAUUGUAAAGGACGAAUUAAAAUCUCUUCUGCCUAUUUUAAUUCGUGGAUUAGCAUCAUCGAAUGAAAACGUGUGGUCAUCUGCAUUAAAAUCCUUAUGUGAUUUGAUUAAAAAUGAACCAUCAACAUUAGUUCCAUACAUUGAUAAACUUGUUCCAAGAUUAACCACAUUAGCUGUAUAUAAAAACAAUAUGAAUAUUCGAAUAACAAGCCUCGUGUGUUUGAAGUAUCUAUGUCAAUUACCAUUUCGUACUGUAAAACCUUAUCAUCGGCAUAUUGUUCAUGUUUUACAAUCAUGCGUUGAUGAUCACAAACGAUUAGUUCGAAAGCAAGCUGUUCUAACACAAAUGGCUUGGCGUUUAUUCAGCGACGAAGUAGCUUAA